AUCAAUAAUAUACGCAACGCUGACGUGUAUUUGUCGGUACUCUCUGGAUUUUCCCAUUUCGCAUUUUCCAGUUGUCUAAGCCGAAAUCGUUUAACCCCAGUUUUGGCAAUUCAGCAAAAUUUGUUGAGCCAUAGGCGGAGGGUGACGCUGAAGGAACGUGACAAUGUCUGGCGAAAUCUCUAUGAUCGGUUCUGUUAUCCUGGCCCUGUUCCUGGCUGGUUAUCUGGGUCAGCAGUACCUACCUCCCCCCAAACCCAAAGUGAUCGGCCUGGACCUGGGCACUACCUUCUGCUCCGUGGGCGUCUUUCACCCCGGCAGCGGAGAGGUGGAGGUGUUGGCAGAUAAAAUGGGGAGGAAGAGCAUCCCCAGCGCCGUCUCCUUCACCACCACGGCGGUUCUGGCUGGACAUGAAGCCGUGGACUUAGCCGACAGCAACCCACAAAAUACUGUCUAUGAUGCCAAGAGAUUCAUCGGGAAGAUAUUUGAGUCGGGGGACUUGGAGCAGGAGAGUGCCCGUUACCCCUUUAAGGUGAUCAACAACAAUGGAAGUGCAGAGUUUCAAAUCUCCACCAACCAUACGUUCACUGUCAGCCCAGAGUUCAUUGGGUCCAGACUGCUGUUGAAGAUGAGGAAGAUGGCGGAGCAGCAGCUCGGUGUGCCCAUCCAGAAAGCUGUCAUCUCCGUGCCUGCAGAGUUUGAUGAGAGGCAGAGGAACUACACGGUCAGGGCUGCCGCUCUUGCCGGCUUGGAGAUCCUUCGUGUGAUUAAUGAGCCCACAGCGGCUGCCAUGGCUUAUGGUCUGCACAAGGUGGACGUCUUUAAUGUCCUGGUAGUUGAUCUCGGCGGAGGAACCCUGGAUGUGUCUCUGCUUAACAAACAAGGAGGCAUGUUCCUCACCAGAGCCAUGGCAGGAAAUAACAAGUUAGGAGGCCAAGACUUCAGCCAGAGGUUGUUCCAGUAUACUUCAGAGCGGAUCCGACAAGAAUUUGGCAUUACACCCACUCUCAAAGAGGACAUCCACCAUCUUCGGCAGGCUGUGGAAGCUGCCAAGCUCAAACUUACACUCCAAACCAGCGUCGGCAUCAAGGUGCCGUUGCACCUUCACACCCACGACAGAUCUGAUGCACCUGAAAGUGCUGCUCCCGCUCCGGUUCUCUUCCAAGCUGUUGUCACGCGUGAGCAGUUUGAGGAGCUCAACAAGGACCUCUUCCAUAAAAUUCUGGCUCCUAUUGAGACUGUGUUAGCUGAGGGCCACCUGGAUAAAGGAGAAGUGGAUGAGAUCGUUCUGGUGGGAGGGUCCACCAGGAUACCGCGGAUCAGGAGACUGAUCUCUGAGUACUUUGGAAAAGAGCCCAACACAUCUGUCGAUCCCGACCUGGCUGUGGUUAUGGGUGUGGCCAUUCAGGCUGGCAUCAUGGGCGGCUCUUGGCCUUUACAAGUGAGCGCUAUAGAAAUCCCUAACAGACAUUUGCGCAAGACGAACUUCAGCUAAUAAGUGAAUAAUUAUUAAGGUUAUAUUAUUGACUGUUUGAUUCUUUUUCAGUCUAUAGAUUUAAGGAAAAAACAAAUAGUUGUCGGCUAAAUUACAUGUUUGAUAAUAACAAAAAAACUGUUUAUCACUCACUAAAACAUACCAACAUCCAGUUUUACAGUGAACAACUCUUCUCACUGCAGAUAUUAUCAGUCAGUGUCAAAGUGGUGACACCUGCUUUUGUUGUGCAAUUUUCAGCAGAAAUGCACAGUGAGAAGCUUCUCUGUGUUUCUACUCCUCCCUUCAGUCUUAGGGGAGAGGCUGAUGUGGUAGAUACUUGAAUGGUGUUCAAUUCAGGGAACCACCACUCAUCUCAAGGUUUUAGAGAUAAGGUAGUCCUGUUCAAUUAUUUAUGUAUUUAUUUAUUCCCAUUAUGUGCGUAUGGCUGUGUGUAAAUGUGUGUAUUUGUUUUGCAGGCCUUUUAAUGUUUUUAAUUUUUUCCAUCAACGAUUGACAUUUAGUGUGCUUGUGCCUUGUCAGAAAGCUGCUGAAUUGUUUGUGAACCUCUACAAGCUAGUAGAGACAGAGGGCUCUGGGUCAUGUUGUCCCUAAAGGGAGUGGAGGUAACUGUGACAGAGGUGCCCCUCAGUGUGAAGAUGAAGAUAUGCACAAUUAACUAAAAAUAAAUUCACUGCAAUAUAGACUAAUCACCUCAUACACCAGUAUCCUGGUGAGAGAGUCCACCGUGAACAGAUGGUGUGUGUCAGGAAAAGCCUUAACGUUUACUCAGUACUGUACCACCUUUUGAAAAAGACUAAUUAUUUGACCCUGAGGGGAAUGGGGUCACUCAGCGUGCACUUUAAAGACUUGUCUGCCAAUUCUUUGUACAGUAGUGCAUUUUUUCUUUGAACGCCAGUAAUGUAAGUGCAGAUAUUGGUGUUGCACAUCAAAGUUGGGAGCAACAGCCUGUUUGCUGCUGUAUGUAUAGAAGAUUUUCUGUGAGAGACCAAAGUGUUGCUUACUGUUACCUUGUGAAAUGUUCUGUUUUCCAGGCCCAAACAGCGGUUUCACCUUCUGGUGGAUCAUGGACUGAUUGUUGGAAGCUGAUUUCAGUGAAACUCUCAGACCUCUGUAUUAACAGUUUGGUGUCACCAUGUUUUUUUUAACAAGCAGUGAAGGUAAUAACGCCCCAAAACAAAAAUUCAUAACUUAUUUUUGCCAAAUGUGUUUUAUGAAUGUUUUAUUUUCAAAUAUUGUUAUGGUCUUGGAACCAAGCGCUUCAUGUAACAAAUCCUAUGAUGUAAAUGGUACGCUCAUUGCCUUUGAUACUGUAAUAAUUAAUUUUUAAGCACAUUGAAGUAAGCAGAUGAAAGAGCUAUUUUUGUAUGUACAGUUUAACUAAAUUGUUAUUUAGCCUAAAUAAUCUGCCCAUUUCUUCAUUACAGUCUCUUUAUUUUAUGCUCUGACCUGUGUUCUUUAUUCAAGCUUUAUAAUAUACAUUUACUAUACAUACAUACAGAAUAUGUAAAAUCUUUCAGCUACAUAUGUUUCAACAAACAAAUGACUACAGCAAACAAGUGUAUUAGCAGAUUGUAAUGUUUAUUUCUGAGGCACAUUAAUACACAAAAACCCCACACACACAAAUGGCGACAUCCUUCUGAACUUGUGCCACCUGUUGUGACCUGUAGUGUCCCUUCAGUGAUUCUGGAGCAUUCACAUUCAGCGUCCACUUCGUUUACCUUUACAGCCUUUAGUUUUGCACAAGAAACAAACCACAAUUUAACACGUCUUGCUUGCUGACACUAAAAUAGCAAACUGAAGUCACGUUUAGGAAGUGAAUCAACUUCUGUCACAACCAGGUUGCUGCUACUGUGACUAUCAAACCUCACAUUGUUCUUGUCUUCGUUCACUGGAGCAUGAUUCACAUUGAUUCUCCUGUUACGUACAAUAAUAAUCCACAAAGCACUGCACAUGGGGUAACGAUGCAUACCCAGCCAGAAUACCCUCAGUACACCAUACAUUUAAAAAGAAACUAUCCAAAUGCAUUCACAUUAAAAAGAUCACAUUAAAAAAUCCGUUUUCACUGGUUCUUGUUACACUGGGAGCACAGCUCACAAGCUACUAGCUCAUUGGUCAGAAGUAGAGGGGGAGGGCCUUCAGCGUCCUCAAAGUAGUUAUUUACAUAGACUAUGUGAAUUUUUCACCUGGAGGACAAGGCAGGACUUUUGUAAACAGCUUGUGUUUUUUUUCUUUAAAGUAUAAAUAUUAUUACUUUUAUGAACAGCAGCACAGUAGUGCGCAGACACUGAAGGCAGGAGUGUAACGAGCCAUCGACUUUUUGCCUUAUACUGCAAUAAAGUCUUGUAAAAAAAAAAAAAAAAAAAUGCUUCAGCUAAGAAUAUAAACUUACAGUGUUUAAAAUAAACUUAGUGAAAUUUGUAAAGGCUCUGGACACUCGAGUUUAAAAAGAAGCAGGUCGGGAACUCGGUGACGCCACUCAGUCACCCACAGUUGUCCAUCAACAAAAAGUGCGUGCAGUCCCGUUUCAUACACACAACGUCUGACGAGCAAAAACAAAAUGUAUUUACAUGCUAUAUACAAAGCAACCGGGUGGCUGUUUCUCCAUCAGUCUGUUAGUUGUAGCAUGACGGCGGAGGGGACUUCGCUCUGAAACAGGGAUGGUGGUGUCAGUGUUGCCGUCUCCAUCACACUUCAGCAGGUUCACACAGGCCAGGUCACUGGCUGAUGGCCUGAUUGGUGUAGUAGUCGUAGCCAUUGUCCACGUAAAACUCCUCAGCACUGCCCACUCCAUUCCUCACCUC